AUGAAUAAAAGUUAAUCCUAGCAGGAAGUUUACAAAAUCAUUUUAGUUGGUGAUUAAGGAGUUGGAAAAUCCUCAAUAUUGCUCAGAUAUACAAAGGAUCUAUUUAAUAGAGAAUAUAACGUUACUAUUGGACUUGAAUUUGCAAGUAAAAAAGUUACUGUUUAUGACUAUGCAUUGACGCUCUAAAUUUGGGAUACUGCAGGUUAAGAAGCAUUCAGAAGUAUUGCUAAAAUCUUUUUAUAGAAAUUCUGCUGCAAUCAUAAUUGUAUUUAAAUUGACAAGUCGCGAUUCAUUUUAAAGUGUCUCAGGAUGGGCAAGAGAUAUCCAAGAAAAUAGCGAUCAAGGAGUUGUAAUAUCUUUAAAGCAGAAAGAUCUGUGAGCAAUGAGGAAGGUAAACAAAAGGCUUAAGAGAUAAAUUCAUUAUAUUUUGAAACUUCCGCUGCCAUAGGCAAAAAUAUUGAUGAUAUUUUUAUCAAUACUUUAGAGAAAGUCACAAAAUAAAUCAAUCCUAUUAGAACUGAUUGUGAGCAAAAUGUUCGAGAUUCUAUUCACUUAUCUCAAAAAUAUUAAUCCCAACCAAAGAUAAACUAGGAAAAUAAUGGAGGAAUAAAGCCAAAAUAAACUGAAAGUCCUAAAAAAGGGUGUUGUUGA